CCAAGUUACAGUCGUUGCAGAUUACAAGAAGCAGAUCAAACUGCUUCAGAUUACAGAAAGCAGAUCAAACUGCUUCAGGUUUGUAACUACGUUAACAGGAUGAACGUAACAACGUAUGAAUUCAACAGGAUUGAAGAAUCAAUGGAAGAAGGUCGUGGUGGUAAAAUCACAGUUGAGGUAAAGAUUUACCGAAACUUCACAACUGUACCGAGACUACGAUCAUUCUCUUUCAAAUAUCCUGAAUUUAUACAUGAAGAAGAAUCAGAAGACAAAGAAGAGUUAUAUGGAUGUUUGUUAGGUGAUGGCGUUGAAGUCGAGGAUAUAAAUUCAUUGUUGAUGGAUCUAAUUCUACGUGUUAAUGAGAUUACGUCUUCUCCUACUUACUCAAUGCUGAGUAAUAUCAUUUUCAAUUUAUCACUUCAUUUAUAUGAAGUCAUCGAUAAUAUGGAUGUUACUGAAGAACAGAUUAUUGAGGAAUCGUUUAAUUCAGCCGUUGUCGUCCGUAGACCAGCUUCACAAGAUUUCAUCGACUUGUUACAAAGGAAGACCUUUGACUCUAGUGAAAGUUCUGCAAAUCAGAAAGACAGUAGCUGUCCAAUUUGUCUACAAGAAUAUGAAGAGCAGCAGAGUAUUAUAAUCAUGCCGUGUGGUCAUAUUUUCUGUGAUUGUUGUAUAAUUAGUUGGCUACAAGUGAACGUUGUAUGUCCAUUAUGUCGUUAUAUUGGACCGUAA